GUCGCAAACGUCUUUUGGCCCGUGGGCGCAUUCUGAAUUUUGAGAGCGAGUGCUGUGGGGCACCAGUUAGAAAAUGAUUGCCAUGGAGGCAUGGCAUAACACAAAGCUAGAGAGAGAAUCAUUUAUUUAUUACAUUUAUAUCCCCUCUCUCCUCUAAGGAACUCAAAGGCAUGGUGAAGCUUUUCCCAGUAUUGUUAUUUGCACACAAAAAAGACUAACUGCUGAGUUUUUGCCUGCUGAAAUAAAACAAAACCCUGUUCCUCCCACCCAAGUACCAACCUUAAACCAAAGUCUAGGUUGCCAUCCUUUACCCACUUAGGCCAACAGGCUCUUCUUCUCUUCACUUAUCACCAUUUUUAAGUGCACCACCAGACCACCUAGCCCGUUGUAUUCCCACCAAGCGCCUCAGCUUCCAAAGUAAUCUCAGUUGUCUUGCAGCUUGCCUGUAGGAAAUCUCAGCUAGAAUACAGUUUAGUUAGAGAAGAAUGUUUUGUUUAUUGUCAAGUUGUAGUUUUGUGUCCUUACAUUAUAUUACCAAUAAAAUACUUCGGUAUCAUUUCAGCUGUAGAGGUGAGUGGCUCUAACUAUCGCCCACUAUACCUUUAAAGCACAUUCAAAGCACAUCCUUUCCCUCAAAGCAUUCUGGGUACUGUAGUUUACUCAAUCCAGAGUUACAAUUCCCAGCAGCCCUUAACAAACUACAGCGCCCAGAAUUCUUUCAGGUGGGAGGGAAAGAAUGUAUUUCAAAGGUACCUACCCGAAAAGCGGGUUGUUCCCUUCCCUGAUCAUGGACAGUUCAAAGAGACUCUGAUGAUCCGGUGCGUGAAUAUGUGGGGUGGUAAGCAUAGCUUUGCAGCCGAGUUAAAAGAGAAGGUCAUUUAUGUGUCAGGGGCAGGGGCCAUCUCGCCUUCCUCUGACCGUCCGAGGUUUCCAAAAGCCAAAAACUCUUAAUCUCCAAACUGUGGGUUCGAGCCCCACAUUGGGCAAAAUAUUCCUGCAUGGCGGGGGGGGGGUGUGGACUAGAUGACCCUCGUGGUCCCUUCCAUCUCUAUGAUUCUUGCCGCCGUGCCUGACUUGUAGGAGGCGGGGUCUCCUUUGGGUGAGAUCCGGCCCUGCGCCCGGACCCUCCAGGCCUGGCUCCCUGGGCGCUCGCUCUCUCGGCGGGCCCUCGAGAUCAAGCAGGCGGGCGGGGGGGGGGGAGCAGCUGUGGACGAGAGCCGCCCCCGUCCCUGAGCGGGCUCAGCGCAGGCUUGUCGUCCCUCCGCCGGAGAGAGGCCUGGUCGGCCGAAACCCAUUCGCCUUCCUGGUCGCUCCGACGGGCGGAGCUCUGCGCCCGAAGCAGCCGCGGAAGGAGCAGGAGGCCCCGGGAGGCGGGGAAGGAAGCGCUGCUGCUCCCUCGCCUUGCCGCCGCGUCUUCCCUUGGCGGGCGGGGAGGAGCUGGAGGGGCGGCGCUGCCUUUAUAAAACGGAAGCCGGAGCGAGAGGGUCGCGGGAGCAGGGGGAGAUUGAACGCGCCCGGGCGGCGUCGAGUGACUUCCCGCUCCUUGAGGUACCGAGAGAGAGAGUUUCGGUUGCCCGCGCCACUGACUAUCUCAGCUUGGGAGCCCCACCGCUUUAUCCGAAGGCAGCCAAGAACCCAGCCGUGUUAGCAGGCGAGCACUCCUGCUUGGGUUUGCUGAAUGCCGAGAGUUUGCUCGGUUGAGUUCCUAUGGACACGCGUCGUGCCUCCCGUGGCAGGACUCCCGUUUGUAACGCGGCUGAGUCCGAGUUUCUGGUCUUCUGAGAAAGGACUUGCAACCGGUAGUGUCGUGGCAGAUCCCGAAGUGCAAGGUCCUCAUAACAGCCACGCCCCUUCUAAGAUUUUACAGUAACUAAAAAUAUAUACAAGAAUCAUUAUUAGGGUGCGUUGUAACAAUGCGUGCAGAUCCCAACGUGUUGCCUUUCAGUUAGAUCUUCUAUUUUAUGUGCACAUACAUGGGCAAAUGUUUUGGAGUGCAGUUUAAAGUGGGUUCAGUAUCACGUGUGCAUAAUUGUCACAUUUGCACAAUGUUGUCCUCAUCCAAGUGGCAACCUGCACCCCCCCCCUUUAGUUAAGAUUUGUCCAUUCUGUGGAUAAUGCACUAAGGGUGGUGAUCCAACAUAGACCUGUAUGAUCCCUGCCAUAGGUGUACUGAAGCACAUUGUGUGGGCAUUUUUAAAAAGGGGUGUGGUAACUUUUGCUGGGUGCCAUCUAUCAUAGCGCCCUCCCUUUACUUCAGUUAGUGAGAGGUGCUUCUUGGUGGGCUGCUGGUGGGGCUGUUUGGGAACACACUUCUUUUUACAUUUUUCCAACAGUGUUUUGUGCAAGUCUGGUAUAUCCAAAAGCUUGUAUCUAAAAAUAAACAAAUACUUGCAUGUAUGCCCACAAUGGACCUCAGGUUUCCACAACUCAGGGAAGGAGGGUAGGGAAGUACUAAUUAAGACAGGGGACGACAACAAACAGUGCAAAUAUAUUCCAUCAAGCACUGCCCACUAGUGGUGAUGGUAAAGGCUGAGAUGGAGUUCACUUAAAAGUGCUCUUGUAUGGACAAAAGUGCACAGAGAAAAAGAUAGGAUCUGUGCAUUCCAUGCAUGCAUUAACACUCUGGUGUAUCCUCAGCCUUAGAGCAAGUCAGAGCAUUGGUUUAUCUGCCCCAGGACUGACUACAGCAGCUAGUAACCUUUCUUAGGCUGCAUAACACUGGUGCAUACAGAAGAGGGAAAAGGUUGCAUUCUAACGAUGCAAAAGUGAGAAGUUUCUACAGACAAUUCUACACACCAAGAAAAGUGGCAGUGGCCCAGGAAAGUCUCACAGGGCUUUUGCUCAGUGGACCUGAGGUUCCCCACCCCUGAUCUACAUUAAUUAGAAGCAGCUCUUGGGGAGGGUUCUUGCCCAGCUCUACUUGUAAAUGCCAGACAUUGAAUUUGAGAUGCAAAGCAUGUUCUCUUUCUUCUGAACUGCAGCCUCUCUCUUGCAGCCCCAAACAACAGGAGGGGAUGGCCUCUCUCUAUCGUCUCUUACUGAUCCCCACACGCCUGAUGCUGAAGGUCUCUAAUGCCGUGUCCUGGCUGGUUGUGUAUAGUGCUGCUUCCCUUGCUGCUGCCUUCUACUGUUGGUGGGCCCUAUCACUAGUGGUGUCUAGGGGUCCUUUCCAGGUGCUGCGCAAGAAGAGACGGGAGACUCCACCAAGAUGCCUCACUGAUGCCUCGCAUGGGGAGCACGGCUUUGUGACACUAAAAGUGAGUACAGUGGAGGGGAAGGGAAGGGGGAGGCUUCCAGCCAUAGCCAGGUGCUCACAGACAGCCGCUGAAGGCAGGACCCUGGUCAUGUAUUUUACAGGUUGGGAGGAACAUAGGAAGCUGCUUAUUGCCAGGUCAAACUAUUUGUCCCUCUACCCUGAUAUUUUCAAUGGUGACCGACAGCUGUUCUUCAAAGUCUUAGGGGCAAAGAGUGUUUCCCCUCAGCUGUCUCUUAACAGGAAAUGUCACAUAUUGUGAACCUGUCACUAUCACUGAGCUCUUGUCUGUGUGUAACUGUCCUAUUUCUCUGUCCUUUGGGGGCUCAAGAACUCAGGGCUGCGUCUCCAUUAUGUUGCUGCUGGCAAGGAAGGAGCUCAGCUGAUGCUUUUCUUGCAUGGAUUUCCCCAGAACUGGUAAGUGUCGCUGUGGAAGAAGUGCAAUGCCUGGAGCUGAUAUCAGUUUACUCCAGGUGUGGUUCAUGCAGGAAGUGAUAGGCCACAGAUCUGUCAGCCAACAUGUUAUGUAAUACCUUUCUGGCCAGCAAAUUCCUGCAAAGUUGGGGCAAAGGCCGUAGACAGAAAUAUUAACUUCCCAAAGGAAGGGACUUGAUUGCUGCUAUCCUCUCAUGGUGAAUGACCAUAAGGCCUUCAUCAUUAAAUUGUAAUUAAUACAACUUUUUUUUAGUGUUGACCUUAUGCUGCAUAGAAUCAGAAGCAACAUGAUUUACAGUAGACUUACAGUUUUAACAAAUGUAAAAGAGGUCAUGAUAAAUUAAGCAAAAGCUUGGUGGGGGUUUCUUGAUUUUUAGACGGUGAGGAAACGAAAGGAGGCGAAUAGUUAUAUUUAAUAAAAAUACCUUUAAAUUGUCUUUCAUCUAAAGAUCCUAGGGUAGUGUACAAUAAGCAUUGAUAAAAUCAUUUGUACACAGUAUAGUUCAAACCAGCAACCUUUGUAACAAAUAAGAAACAAACCGAGCAGCAAAAACUGUAGAAGUUACAGAGCAGGACUAAUAAUAAUAAUAAUAAUAAUUUAUUAUUUGUACCCCGCCCAUCUGGCUGGGUUUCCCCAGCCACUCUGGGCGGCUUCCAUAGAAACCAAAAAACACUAAAAUAUCAUACAUUAAAAACUUCCCUGAACAGGGCUGCCUUAAGAUGUCUUCUGAAUGUCAGGUAGUUGUUUAUCGUUUUGACAUCUGAUGGGAGGGCGUUCCACAGGGCGGGCGCCACUACCGAAAGGCCCUCUGCCUGGUUCCCUGUAGCUUUGCUUCUCGCAAUGAGGGAACCGCCAGAAGGCCCUCGGCGCUGGACCUCAGCGUCCGGGCAGAACGAUGGGGGUGGAGACGCUCCUUCAGGUAUACUGGGCCGAGGCCGUUUAGGGCUUUAAAGGUCAACACCAGCACUUUGAAUUGUGCUCGGAAACGUACUGGGAGCCAAUGUAGGACUUUCAAGACCGGUGUUAUGUGGUCUUGGCGGCCGCCCCCAGUCACCAGUCUAGCUGCCGCAUUCUGGAUUAGCUGUAGUUUCCGAGUCACCUUCAAAGGUAGCCCCACGUAGAGCGCAUUGCAGUAGUCCAAGCGGGAGAUAACUAGAGCAUGCACCACUCUGGUGAGACAGGUAGGGUCUCAGCCUGCGUACCAGGUGGAGUUGGUAGACAGCUGCCCUGGAUACAGAAUUGACCUGCGCCUCCAUGGACAGCUGUGAGUCCAAAAUGACUCCCAGGCUACGCACCUGGUCCUUCAGGGGCACAGUUACCCUAUUCAGGACCAGGGAGUCCUCCACACCAGCCCGCCCCCUGUCCCCCCAAAACAGUACUUCUGUCUUGUUAGGAUUCAACUUCAAUCCAUUAGCCGCCAUCCAUCCUCCAACCGCCUCCAGGCACUCACACAGGACCUUCACUGGUUCUGAUUUGAAAGAGAGGUAGAGCUGGGUAUCAUCUGCAUAUUGAUGGACACCCAGUCCAAACCCCCUGAUGAUCUCUCCCAGCGGCUUCAUAUAGAUGUUAAAAAACAUGGGGGAGAGGACGGAACCCUGAGGCACCCCACAAGUGAGGGCCCAAGGGUCUGAACACUCAUCCCCCACCACCACUUUCUGAACACGGCCCAGGAGGAAGGAGCGAAACCACUGUGUAACAGUGUCCCCAGCUCCCAACCCCUCUAGACGGUCCAGAAGGGUGUUAUGGUCGAUUGUAUCAAAGGCCGCUGAGAGAUCCAGCAGAACUAGGAAACAACUCUCACCUUUGUCCCUAGCUCGCCGGAGAUCAUCAACCAGUGCGACCAAGGCAGUUUCAGUCCCAUGAUGAGGCCUGAACCCUGAUUGGAAGGGAUCCAAAUGGUCCGCAUCCUCCAGGCGUGCCUGGAGUUGUUCAGCAACCACAUGCUCAAUCACCUUGCCCAAGAAUGGAAGAUUUGAGACUGGGCGAUCGUUGGCCAUACUGGCCGGGUCUAAAGAUGGUUUUUUAAGAAGCGGUUUAAUGACCGCCUCUUUCAGCGGAUCUGGGAAUGUUCCCUCACAGAGGGAAGCAUUCACCACCCCGCAGAGCCCAUUGCCCAGCCCUUCCCGGCUUGCUUUUAUUAGCCAGGAUGGGCAAGGAUCAAGGAGACAGGUGGUUGGUUUCACGCGUCCAAGCAGCCUGUCCACAUUCUCGGGGGUAACGGAUUGAAAUUGAUUCCAUGCAACUUGACCAGACAGGGCUCUAGCACUCUCCCGCCCCAGCCCUGCUCCCACGGUGGUGUCUAGCUCCUUCCGAAUAUGAGUGAUUUUAUCUGCAAAAACUUUGCAAAAUCGUUGCAGGAGAUCUUGGGGUCUUUACAAGGCCCCGGUGGUAAAGGUGGUUCCGUUAAAUUGCGGACCACCUGAAAGAGUCUCCUGCUACUAUUUUCUGCAGAUGCAAUAGAGGCGGUGAAGAAAGUCUUCUUCGCCGUCGCUAUCGCCACUUGGUAGGCUCGAUGUUGAGCUCUAACCUGUGUGCGGUCAGAUUCGGAGUGAGUUUUCUGCCACCGACGCUCUAGCCGUCUCAGCGAUUGUUUCAUCGCCCUCAGCUCCGAAGAAAACCACGGGGCUGUCCGGGCUCCAUGCAAUCGGAGAGGGCACUUCGGAGCCAGACAGUCAAUAGCCCUGGUUAACUCCGCAUUCCAGCGGGCCACCAGGGAAUCAGCUGAAAGGCCAUCAACAUGGGAUAAAGCAUCCCCUACCACUCUCUGGAAACCAUUUGGAUCCAUUAAGUGGCGGACCAUCCGAAUUGGUCCCACCUCCCUGCAGAGGGGAAGGGUCGCGGAGAAGUCCAGUUGCACCAGGAAGUGAUCUGACCAUGGCACUUCUUUGGUUUCACUUUUACUCAGUGUCAGAUCACCCACGUCACUAGAGGUGAAUACCAGGUCUAAGGCAUGUCCAUAACUAUGAGUUGGGCCCAACUUAUUCAGGGACAGCCCCAUGGAGGCCAUGCUUUCCACGAAGUCCCGAGCGGCCCCUUGUAAGGUCGUGUCGGCGUGGAUGUUAAAAUCCCCUAGGACAACCAAACUAGGUGUCUCCAGGAGAACAUCCGCCACGACCUGAAGCAGCUCAGACAGGGAAUCCUUGGUGCAGCGGGGAGGUCGGUACACCAAAAGGAAUCCUGUACUGCCCCUAUUGCCCAACUUCCAGAACAUGCACUCAGAAAACUGGGUCUUCCCAGUAGGACGCCUGAUGCAAACUAAUGACUUCCUAAAAAUCACUGCAACCCCCCCUCCCCGCCCACAUGACCUGGGUUGCUGUGCGUAAGAGAAACCUGGCGGGCAAGCGGCAGCAAGGGCAGGCCCAUCUGCUUCCUCCAACCAGGUCUCUGUCACACAUGCCAGGUCAAAUCCUCCAUCCACAAUCAGGUCGUGGAUGGCAGUGGUUUUAUUCAUCACUGACCUGGCAUUACACAGCAACACCUAAAGGACUAAAGCAACACAACAAAAGUAGGCACCAAUGUCCUCCAAUUUUCAGGUAGGGAAGCCCUCCUCUCUACUUAUCCCUUUAUGGUUUGGCUGUAUUUCAACAGGUUUGCAUGGCGCCAUCAAUUGCAGGAAUUUAAGUGGGCCUAUAAGGUGGUGGCCCUCGAUUUGCGGGGCUAUGGCUUUUCCGACGCACCAGCUGGUUGUGAGCACUAUCAGAGGGAUGCUCUGCUGGCAGAUGUACAUGAUGUCAUUGAAGCUCUGAGCCCCAAUAAGAAGAAUGGUAAGAGUGGAAAUGGUUGUUUUGGAGGAAGGGUCUGGGUUGCCAUUGCAGUGGCUGGCCUUCUAGCAAUGGGAGGAAAAUGCCCUCUGCUCAGUCUUGAUAAGCUUUCAGAAGUGUUGCAUGGGUGCUGAAUGGAGCAUUGUGGGGAUGAACUGGUAUGUGAGUUUGGGAAAUUAUCUAGCAGGCUUGUAGCUUCCCAUAGGCAGAUACUUACUUGUCCAUGAUAGGUUGUGUCCAACUCAAAGUAGACCCACUGAAAUUAUGAACCUAAGUUACUCAUGUCCAUGAACUUCACUUGGUCUAUUUUGAGUAUGAUAAGCACUGAAUACAGCCCAUUGUCUCUGUUUCAUUGCUUUCUAUUUGUUCUUUAUAGAGAUUCCUAAGUGCAUCCUGGUGGGGCAUAACUGGGGAGGAAUCAUAGCUUUUGCAUUUGCUGCUAGUUACCCCAAUAUGCUGGAGAAGCUGAUUGUCAUGGAUGCUGUUCAACCACAUGUUUUAUUAGGUAAGUCUUGUACUGCCCCAUGAUUUUGGUUCUCACCAUGGCUAUUGGCAUUUUCUAGCUCUAAACAGGAUUGCGGAUGGAAGAGAGAAGCCAGCGGAAGUGUAAAAGGCCACCAUGACUGCAUUGCCCUUAGGAUGCAGAGUCAGGGUGGGCCAUCACACCACAGAUCUUUUGGGAGGAAGUGGGAAGGAGGUUGUCUGCUUUGCUCAAGUUCCCAACCCCAAGACACAAGCAUUGCUUGUGAAUAAAUGGGAGCCGGGCAGCAGGGGUUUCUAAAAAAAAUAAAAAAACGAUCCUCCCUGCCCUCAUUGCUUGGACAAGUUGAUGCAGAUGUUAGGGGAAAAUAGGAAGCAACUCCAGUUGGCAUCUUUCAUUUUAUUUUGAAGAUUGGUUUCUGAGAGUGGCAUUCAACUAAGUUUUACAUAGAGUACACCUGUUGAAAUGAAUGGACCUACCGGUAACUUAUUCACAUUCACUAAUUUCAGUGGGUUUGCUCUAACUGAAACAUAGUUGAAUACCACGCAGUAUCUGGUGGCAUUUCAUGUGUGGAGAAAUUGGCACUGCCCUGACACACAACUUAUUUUCCCUUCAACCUUGCAGAAUAUUUUCCACGACAUCCCACCCAGCUGCUGCGAUCCAACCACAUGUUUCUGUUCCAGCUCCCAAAGCUACCAGAGUUCCUGUGGUCCUUAAAUGACUUCUACGUGAGUUGAGGGAAUGGUUGGGGAGUGGGUUCAAAAGCUCAUGUUCUGUCAUGCAGAUUAACCAAAGGGUCCAAUCAUUUUAUUCUGCUCUGGGGACUAAUGGUUCUCUUCCACAAUCCUAAAAUACAGUUCUCAACUGUGUUUUAUGUAUUCAUCCCAAAUUUCUCUGUCAGUCUCCUUUCCGCUCUGGGUGCAGGGUUAUUAUUACUAUUAUUUCUAAAAUUUCUAUACUGCCCUUCAUCCAAGGUCAUGCACUGGGCUCUCUGUCUUGGUUCAUAAAAUGCAUAAUCCUGUGUCUUCUCCCACCUGCCUAGCUUUAUGUACACAUGGCCUGGCUUUUAAAGUUUACUUCUAAGGUAUUGGCAAUGCUUUUUUUCCUAAAAAAGUGUUUAGGGGUACUCUCAUUUUGACUCAAUAAAAUCACUAUUUUAUAGUUCAAAUUAAGAGAAAUAAAUACAGUAAAUGGACAAAAGUACAAAGAUUCACAAAAUGUUUAGGGUAUGCGUACCUUUGCGUCCCCCCAGAAGAAAAGCACUGGGUAUUGAUGUGGUGAGAUUAUUACCUAGAAUCUGGGAUGAAGAGGCCAUGGCAAGCUAUGACAUGUUCUAGUGCUGCCAGAGGGAGGGAGGACUAUGACCUUCUUUGCUUAUUUCUUCACUUCCCCAUCCAUUCUCCUCCCUGCCGCUUGGCAUACAAAAAUGUAUCAUACAAAAGUUUUUUAGUCAGUGUGGAGAUGAGUGCUGGGAAAGGCUUAAACUGUAGUCCAAAACACAGUCCUGCAUCCUGUUCUCAUAGCGACCAGCCAUGUGCCUAUGCAAAGCCCCAAAGCAGAACCUAAGCACAAUAGCACUCUCCCCUCCUGCACUUUCCAGCAUCUGGCGUCCAGAGGCAUGCUUCCUCCAGCUGUGGUGGCAGAGCAUAGCCAUACUGGCUCCUAGCCAUUCGAAAGCCGUACCCUCAAUGUCAAUGCAUAUGUCUAAUCCUCUUUGAGGAUCAGGGCCAGCUGAAAGGGAUAGGGGGGAAAGAGACAAUGCUGCUUCCUCCUUUUCCGCGCAAAGGUACUUUGUGGAAGACUAAGGGAGGCUAAAUAUAUAAAAAUGGCAUGAGCUGCCUCUGGGUCAGAAAAUGGGGUCUGCAUUUAAUCAGCUUCCACAUGGUGCUGUGUCUUUUUCCCCCUACAGCUAAUAAAAUUCAUUAUGACUGGCAAGAAGACAGGAGCCCAGAACCCAGCACGCCGUUUGACAGAUGAGGAGCUAGAGGCUUACCUGUACAGCCUGUCAAAGUGUGGAGGUUUAACACCAGUCCUGAAUUACUACAGGAACCUGUCCACGUGAGAACCCAUUCCUCCCCAGAUUUGCUCACGUGUGGUAUUGGCACCAUAUGCUUUUCCUCAGUUGUGGUGCACCAGUACAUUCAGGCUUUUCCCUCGGAGGUGGGUGGGACUUGUUUGGCAGCAGGAAUUUUCUAGUCAUAAUAUUUGGAGAGGUCACAACAUUCUUCACUGGAUUAUGUGAUGCAGGGGACAAAACACUCUUACUCCCUAAAAUAUAUGUCUAAAUGGUGGGAAAGGGGGAUGAGGAAAUCCUGUGACUGUUCUGAAGGGGAUUCUGAGAUAUUUUAAUUUAUGAUGAAAUGGGAAAGGUUGGCUUCUAGAAUUGGAACUGAAGUGUGGGCAUGCUGUCUUUCUGGAUUUCUAUUGAUUUUUCUCAUCACUGCUGGGCAUGAGGCAUGCUAGUGUGGAAAGUGGUAGGGUUGGCCGCAACUUGGGUAAGUGGCCAAAGUGGUGAGUUGCCUGCUGUCCAGUGCAGAUUUGCAGGUGUCUUCUCUGUGGCUGCAUUCAGAUGUGGGGUUUAUUGUGUUUGUUUUGUUGGUUAUAAUGCUAGUGCUUCUCUCCUAGUUGCUAAUGAUCCUUUUACACUGCAGUAUCUCUGUUGCAUUAUGUAACUGUGGCUUUUUGAGUGAUAUGGCACCAUGUCACGCUACAUUUUAAAUGGUGGGGGGAAACUGUAUGCCAGGAUAGCACCCCAAAUCUUAUCAAUGCAAAACUCCUAGUGAUUUUCUCAGUUAACAGGGUUGCAAACAGGUUUUGGGUUUUUUGGAAAACAUUAACAUGGAAAUGAGCUCUAAACUUCUGCUAGAGUGCACUAGAUGUCCAGCAGUAGCUUUCAUGUCAUGUGGAAGAUCACAAAACACACAAAAAUAAACAGGUAAGUAAACAUUGUGAAGGCUGAACAAAGUGCCAUCUGAAUGUGGCCUGUGUAUCUAUAUCCCUACAGUUGGGUUCCUGCAAAGUGCAAGGAUAUUCUGGUGCCCACCCUGCUGAUCUGGGGAGGAAAGGAUGGAUUCCUGGAACAAGGGCUUAUCCCAUGUAUUGAGCAGAAUGUGCGGAAGAGCAUCAAGGUGCAGCUCAUCCCUGAAGCCAGCCACUGGGUUAGUGAGGAGCAACCUGAAAAAGUCAAUCAACUGAUGUGGGCUUUCCUCCAUAAGAGAGACUGAGAUGGAAAGAGGGAGUGACUGCAUUCUUCACUACAAGCAUCCCUCCCACCCAGGAACUGACAACAGCAGGCAUUUGACCUGACGCUGGAGAGCUGAUCCUACCCUGUGUCCUGUGGAAUGUUUCUACACCAUAUUGGAACAUGAGUUCCAUGCAGCCUUUAACUGGUUUUGCUGCAAGUCUGUGUUCUUUGCACUACAAUAAAAAGGAUUUGAUUCAGGGCUUUUGAUACGGGCUUCCUGAUGUUGAAACUGAACAGCUGUUGCAUUCAGCAGAAAAUCUUCUAUCUCACUCCCUCUGUAGCAUGGCGGCAUUAAUACUCAUGGAAGAGCACAGCUUUUCCUUCUAUAUUGCUUUUUUGUUGGGUGUGCCUUAGCACAGCAGAAUCCAGAACUAAGCUGUGUUCCUUGUUGCUGUUUCACACCCAUUUUCACUGGCAUCUUACUACCUUGGCAAAUGGUAUUACACAGGAAAGCGACCCUUGGCAUGGAUCACAUUGAAAUGUUUUCAGCGUUCUUACUUCACUGUCUACCUGGAAUGAGUUAGACACAUUAGGAGGAAGCUGCUUCUUAACAUGUGAUAUUGCCUGGGAGUGUGACUCCCUGCAAAAGCAUGUCAGUUGGUUCAUGAAGCAGCCUCCAUGGUAAAGAGGGGUUUUGAUACUGUUCCGUUAUUGCUCAUCCCAUUGUUUUGGAUCUGAUGAUGCUCCAAACACCUGCAGUCUAUGAAAGUAGGUAGAAAGUACAGUUGCCCUUUGGGCAUAUUACCUAAUAUUGCAAGUUAAAGAUGGAAGAGGGUUUCUAGUGUGGAUUGUGCUGCUGUUGUGCAGAAGUGGGAAAUGAGUCGCGGAUGGAGUGGUAGGAGCUGGUAUUACUCAGGGUCAAACUACCUGUGAUGUUAGCUGUGUGUUUAAACAAGUGUUGAUUUAUCUUUGCUCUAUAUGUUUACCUUUAUCUUUGAGGAAAAAGCCACGGGACUCAAUCUGGAACAUCCUUCUGCAUCAGAGCCUGCCCCUGGUUUUCUGCUGAACAUUGCUGUUUGUCCUUGAAAGGAUCAUGUAGAUUUGGCCCUUGGCAAACUUCUAAUAGUCCAGGAGGACCAGGAUCUGAGUGUCUAAUAAACAAACCAAUGUGGGUUUUCCUUGGGCCAGUAAUUCAGCUAGAUUGGGGUUCAGCUGGAGCCACCAUAGUGCACCACCUCAAUGCCUUGGCUAGCCUAGCUCUUACUGCUUUGUGCUUUUUCACAAACCAUUGUGUAAAGGCUGCCAGAAUUGCUUGGACUAUUAUUAGGUGAGGGCAUAUAUUGAGCUGAUUUGCUUCUCCAAUGUCUGUCCCUUUCAGGGUAACAUUCUCUUGUUUCCAUCCACCCAUUUUUCUUUUUAAGUUCAGGAUUAGUUUAGUACCAUAUCAGAAUAUGUACUUGAGUCCCUAAAACAGAGGUAAGAUCAUAUUAGUAUAAGUCAGGGAGCCUGGAAGUGGUGUGCCAAUAUUUCAGGAUUCCGGGCAGCUUUUUUACUGAGCACAAACUAUGGCUGGUUUGUCUUAGAUGUGACAACAGCUGUCUUCAUUGUGAAAUGUCACAUCAGCUGUCAUUUUUCUGUUCCAGUCAAGCAUGUUUCUUCCUCUGUUUCUUGGUGAGGAAACCAUGUGAUGCCUCACAGACAUUUAAACGAGGGUCGGAGAACCUGUAUUUUUCUAGAUUUUAUUUGAUUACAACUCUUCUCAUCCCAGACCAUUGGCCAUGCUGGCUUGGGCUGAAACUGGAGUGCCACAGCAUCCUCAUCUCUGAACUAAAAAAAAUCACCUUGCUUAUAUGUCCCUUUAUAUGUACUGAUGAAGCAGAAAGCAUCUCUUAGACCAUAACCUUUGGCUCUCCAGCAAGCAUGGCUAAUGCAUAGGGAUGAUGGGAGUUGUAGUUCAGCAACAUCUGGAGGGCCAAAGGUUCCCCACUGAUAUUUUAGACUUCAUUUCUGUCGUAUUAUCUUCCCCUGUACAUAUGCUGCUCAUAGAAAAUGAUGCUUUUAAGCUUAAAAUGCUAUGCUCUGCCAUUCCACUUUUCAACCAGACUGAUCAUGGCUAUAAUUUGCUGUGCUUUUGAAAUGCCACUAGGGGAUGUUGUUGCAACAGAUUUCCUCCUCAAGCCAAUUUACAUACAGUAUUGGGGACUAGCAGAGAGAGAGCCUAGGAGCUCAAAAGAGCUGUGCAAAAAGGCAGGGAGAAAAACAACUGAAGGGUGCAAAGAAUCAAGUUUAGUUCAACUUCUGUUUCAAAAAUCACGGGUGGUGUUCAACCUCAUUUUUGCGUGAGUGCACGUGCAAGGAGAUUUAUCUUCCCUCUCCUGCUCCUGCAUGAGCCCAGCACCAUCUCCAAAUCUUUUCUGGAGAGUUGGGGGAACUUUCAUAACAGAUUUAAGAGGCGCCCAGUAGGAGGAGAAGGGGAGAUCAAUCCAUUGCACAAAGAGAAAUCCUUGCUCUAAUAGAGCAGUCUGCUUAGCACUAUAUGAAAUACAACCCAAUAUUUAUUUUUUAAAAAUAUAUAGGUACAGUACAGGAAAAAUACAAAAAUGAUAAUAAAGGUUACUUACUUCUUCCAGCAAAUAACCUAUUUGAGCAUAUGAUUUUCCUCAAGAACACUUGUUGACAGUGUUUUGUUGUUGUUGUAAAUAACAAAUUGGCUGUACGUACUCAAAUCAUAAAAUGCCUCUCCCACCCCGCCCCGCUUUCUGUGGCACCCUUCCCCUUUUCUGUUGAAAUCAUUAUGAACUUUUCAUUUUAAAAAUUGAUAAUAAAAAUAAAAAAUGUUUGAUAUGCUA